ACAUGUAAGAACUAAUACUUAUUUGUCAUUACUUAUUAACCUAAUAUACGUGAAUGAUUGGUGAAGGGAUAUUAAAACAAGUUUAAAUUAAGAAAAAAAUAAUAGAUUUAUAUAAAUUAAAACAUCAAACAAAUGUCUGGUUAUACGGGAACAGAUAAUUAUUGGGGACAAUCUCCCCAAGGACAAUAUAAUUUUGAUCCCUCUGGUUUUGGACAACCUAACCAACAAUUUGAAUUUCAAACAUAUAAUGAUCAACAAUCUGGAGAUUUUUCUUACACGCAAAAAAGUUAUCUUGAUCCUACACAAAGUGCAUAUACUGGUGGAUCAACCGGAUUCGUAGAUGAAGAAGAAGAACCACCUCUUUUAGAAGAAUUAGGCAUAGAUCCAGAUCGAAUAUUACAAAAAACAUUAGCUGUAUUAAAUCCAUUUCAUAGAAAAGGACAAAUAGAUGAUGCAAAUUAUUUACUUCAAGAUUCAGAUUUAGCAGGGCCAGUAGCAUUUUGUUUAAUACUUGCUACAUUUCUUACAUUAGCUGGUUCAAAAGCACAUUUUGGUUAUAUUUAUGGUUUAGCAAUGACUUCAUGCAUUUUUAUGUAUAUUCUUCAAUCAUUAAUGAGUACUUCUACUAAUAUUACAUUAUCUUCUGUAGCAUCUGUAUUGGGUUACUGUUUAUUACCAGAAGUAGUUCUUGCUGGUCUUAGUAUUUUCACAACUUUACAGGCUACAAUUGGUCUAGUUCUUGCUAUGUUUGCUGUUGCUUGGUCAACACUUUCUGCAUCUAGACUUCUUACAACUAUGUCAGGAGAAGAAAAUCAACGACUACUCAUUGCUUAUCCUUGUGGUCUACUUUAUGGGGUUUUUACAUUAAUAAUAAUAUUCUAAAACAAAAUUCAUUUUUAAGAACUUUUUAUGUAAAAAAUUCAUUUUUUAAAAUAUACGUAAUAUAAUUUAAUAUAAUAUGUACUAUACAUAUAAAUAAUUUGUUUAUAUCAUUUAUACAAUAUAAAUAAUUAUAAGUAUUAAUCAGUAUAUAUUGGAAACUAAAAUUGUUAUUUAAUUAUCAUUUCUUAUAAAUAUAUAAAUAUAGAUUUAUAUAUAAUGACAAUGCAAUUAAAAUGUAUAUAUCAUAUUUUAAGUUUUUUAUUAAUUCUUACAAAAAUAUUUGUUUUUAAAUUAUAUUGAUUUUUAUAUUGAAAUUUAAGAAGUUAUAUAAAGAAGUAAAUUUUAUUUAAUCAUUAUUAAUAAUUAUUAAAUAUUUAAAAAUAUGAGAAGAUAUUAGUUUAAGUGAUAUAUUAAUUAACAAGGAAGAUCUAUACUUUAUUAUUUAAUUUUGGUAAAGUAAAUGUUUUUAUAUUCAGGAAUUUAUACAAAAUAUAUAAAAAUAUUUUUUAUUUAUUUAUCAAUUUAAUUUGUAAGUUCAUAAAAAUUUUAAAAUAUAUGUUUAAUAAUCAUUCAUGUUUUAAUAUUUAUAAUAUUGAUAUAAUAAAAAUAUUUGUAUCAUAAAUAAUUUGAUAAUUAAUUUUUUAUUUUAUAGAAAAAUAAAAAGAAUGUAAUUACAAUAUUUAAUAAAAUCAAUAAUUUUGAUAUUCAAAAAA